GCAAGUUGCAGAACGGCUUUCAUCCUUCCUCCUGUUAAAAGCUUUCCGCCCCCUCUUCUCUCUCAUCCUCUUCUUGUUGGCUGCUGCUGCUGCUGCUGCUAAAGAUUGGCGCCGAGAAAGAAUCAAUCGGUAUUAGAUAGGGAUCGAUCGAGACGGAUAGGAGAGAUCGAGGGAGAGAUGGGGAAGGGGGGUUUAUUUGAUUUGGAGCGGCACUUCGCCUUCUACGGGGCGUACCACAGCAACCCCGUCAACGUCCUCAUCCACAUGCUCUUCGUCUGGCCCAUCUUCUACACCUCCCUCCUCAUCUUCCAAUUCACCCCGCCCUUCUUCCAUCUCCAUCUUCAUCUUCCUCUACCGGGAGGAGGCGACGCCCUGACGCUGCCCUUCAACUUCGCCUUCGUCGGCGCUCUCGUCUAUGCCCUCUUCUACCUGUUCAUGGACAGGAAGGCCGGCUCCCUCGCCGCCAUCCUCUGCUUCCUCUGCUGGUUCGGCAGCCACGCCCUCGCCGUCCGCCUCGGCUUCUCCCUCGCAUGGAAGGUGGUUCUGGCAGCUCAGUUGUUUUGCUGGAGUUUCCAAUUUAUAGGUCAUGGAAUGUUUGAGAAACGAGCACCAGCUCUUCUUGAUAAUCUUUCUCAAGCAUUCCUGAUGGCUCCAUUUUUUGUUCUGCUCGAGGCACUUAGUUUGUUGGGAUACGAGCCAUAUCCUGGCUUCCAUGCCAGCGUCCGCUCGAAGAUCGACACGGAUCGCAAGGCAUGGCAAGCCAGCAAGCAGAAGAAGGCUUCUUGAGUUGCAGGUUCCUUUCAGUUGCUUGUGGUUGGGGUCGGAUGUCAUCAAAUGCCGAUAUGCUCAUCUGCAAUAUGUCUCUACACUGUCUAGUAAUGUUGUACGACGGCUUAAGCAUAAAAGGGUGAAAUAAGGUUCUAAUGUUGCAUCAUUUAAUUCCGUUUGUGGACCAAAAGAUAUUGUGACUAUUUAAAAUGUUUUUUCUUCA